AUGAAAGCUUGCCGGGUUGAACCGGCUGUCGUGGCCUGCAACGCGCUAAUCAGCGCUCUGGAGAAGUGUAGCUGCUGGCAGCGUGCACUAUCUUCACUCAUCUCGGUCGGAAUUAACGCAGACAUCGUCACCUUCAAUGCCGCCCUGGGCGCCUGCGCCAAGGCUCAGGCUUGGCCCUUUGCCUUGGAGCUUUUCGGCGACAUGUCGGCUUCAAAACUACAGCCCGACGCCGUGAGCUACAACGUUGUGAUCGGGGCAUGCGAGCGAUCCAGCCAGUGGGAAGCAGUGUUGGCCCUUCUGCGUGAAGAGUCGAGUACCUUCGGCAAGCUUGUGGCGGACCUGUGCACCCCGAACUCCGGCACUUUUAUCACCCGUCUGUUGGAUUUGGAGUCCAAGAGCAACAGCGACCUCUGUCACCUCGUCUGGCGCUUUGCGAAGCUCGCCCAAGCAGCGCUCUUUGAUGUCGACAUUCGUUGUAUCACGAGGGCAGCUACGACAGUGCUGACAGUGGCCGUGAAUCGGGAUCUGCACUUGUCAGAGAUCAGCACAUACCUGUGGUCCUUAGCAGUGCUCGGCGUGAACGGCCCAGGGGUUCGAAGGUUGAUGUUGCAGCUGAGAAAGAGGCUUGCUGCGGGCCAAGAAAAGUUAUUGCCCCUGAGCUUGCUGGCCAACAUCAUAUGGGCGGUGGCAAUGAUGAAGGACCUGGAGCUUCUUGUCCUGCAGAAGGAGAUGGUUGCACGGUCCAAGAUGGACUUUUGGCAGACCCUGGAUUUUGCCUCUGCUGCACUGGAAGUCUUGUGGGCAUCUGCCUUUGUCCAGCGGCUGCCCGUUCAAGUCGAAAACAGCCUAAGCGAGUCCGUAAGAAGAAUAGCUGGCGAACUUGACCGGCGGCCAUCACCAGCCCUCUCCUCUCCUGCGACUUCUUCCGGCCCUCAGAAAGACAGAGAGUCGGAGUCUCCUCGCAUUCUGCGAUGCUACUCCGACCGAGUUGUCGUGUACAAGCCGCCGGGCUGGCAGGUGGAUGAUGCUUUGGCAGAGAGGCGUUUGCCACUCUCCUCUUGGCUACACAGGGCCCUUGCUGGGCAACAGAAUCUUUUGGAGGACCUUCAGCAUCGGCGAGGCUUUAUCCACCGCCUCGACGUCCCGACAUCUGGGCUUCUUCUUGUGGCAACAAGCUAUGCUGCGUACUACGACAUGCAGCUCCAGCUUAUGGCUCGAAGGAUGACGAGACAGUACCUCGUGCUCUGCCACGGCUGGCUUGGAGCGCGAACCAAGAUCGAGGCCCGGAUCCACUCCCUCGAGGACGGGCCCAGCUGGUAUCGGUCCAGCCGGAUUUCCAGCGUCGGCGGACGGCCGUCCGCGACCCUUCUCGAACCGGUCGCCUAUGCAACGAUGGAUGAGAAAGCUUUCACCCUGACAGACUUUCAGAUUGUUACAGGCAGAAGACACCAGAUUCGAGUCCACACGGCCCAUUGCGGAUACCCCACGAUGAGCGACGCCAGAUACACCGCUGAAGCAACCUUCAAGGACGACUCGUCUCGAUGCCCCCGAAACUUUCUGCAUCGAUACCGCUUGAAGUUUGAGGUGGCAGACAUGGCAGCACAGAUGAGGUACCAAGAGGUUGAGGAGCAACUCCCGCAAGACCUUGCGAACAUCCUGGACUUGCUUGUGCCAGUUUCUGCGGCUUCUGCUCAAGGGAUCCGAAGAUCCCGUCCAUAG